AACAAGGCCUCGCAACUGGUCUCUCCGCGUCGUCUGUAACCCGUGGUUCGAGCACGUAUCCAUGCUGGUGAUCCUGCUCAACUGUGUGACUCUGGGGAUGUUCCAGCCCUGUGAAGACGUCCUCUGUCAGUCGGAGUGGUGCCGCAUCCUACAGGCAUUGGACGACUGUAUCUUUGCUUUCUUUGCUGUGGAAAUGAUCAUCAAGAUGGUGGCCCUGGGAAUUUUCGGCCCCAAUUGUUACCUUGGCGACAAGUGGAACCAGCUUGACUUCGUCAUCGUCAUGGCAGGGGUGAUGGAGUAUUCUCUGGAUAACCAUAACGCCAGUCUGUCAGCUAUCCGUACCGUCCGAGUGCUCAGACCACUGCGGGCCAUCAACAGAGUACCAAGUAUGAGGAUCUUGGUGACCCUGCUCUUGGACACCCUGCCCAUGCUGGGAAAUGUCCUUCUCCUCUGCUUCUUUGUCUUUUUCAUCUUUGGCAUUGUGGGAGUCCAGUUGUGGGCGGGGCUACUGCGUAACCGCUGCUUCGUGAGAAAAGACAUCAGCAGGAUUUACAACAUGUCCGAAAAGACUUACUACAUGUCUGAAGAAGGUGAAGAUAGCCCAUUCAUCUGCUCUGCGCCCCGGGAGAACGGGAUGCUGCGAUGCAGCAGUGUGCCACCAAACACAGAAGCCGGGGCCGAGUGCACUUUGCCCGCUCCCUUUGGGAGUCCAGCUGUGUUUGGAAUGGGUUGGGCCAGUGGUAACAGCUGUGUUAACUGGAACCAAUACUUCAAUGAGUGUCGCGCUGGGGACCACAACCCUCACAAGGGAGCUGUCAACUUUGACAAUAUCGGCUACGCCUGGAUAGCCAUAUUCCAGGUCAUCACACUGGAAGGAUGGGUAGAUAUCAUGUACUAUGUCAUGGACGCUCACUCCUUCUACAAUUUUAUAUAUUUUAUACUGCUCAUUAUCGUGGGCUCUUUCUUCAUGAUCAACUUGUGCCUCGUGGUCAUCGCCACCCAGUUCUCCGAGACAAAGCAAAGGGAGAACGCCCUGAUGAGGGAGCAGCGCGCUCGCUACAUGUCCAACGACUCCACGCUCGCCAGCUACAGUGAACCAGGCUCGUGCUACGAGGAGAUGCUCCGCUACAUCAGCCACCUUUAUCGCAAGUUCACACGCAGACUUCAAAGGAUAUACUCUGGAUGGCACAGUAAACGGCGUAAAAAGGUGAAUCCCAAUGGCAGUAGUGGAGGCAGCAAUGGCGGGGGUAAUGGACACGGCCACGGCUCCAGCAGGGGCUGCGGAGGCCUAGGUCCUGGUAGCGCAAUGUGGCUGAGACCGAUCCACAACCUUCUGCAGCACCAUCAGCACCAGCACUGUCGCCUCAGCAACGGGGGGCAGCACACUGUCAGCGUGGCAACCGCUGAGCGCACGGAAGGAGAAGGAGUGGAGGAGCUGGAGAUGAAGUCGCUUCCUGUCCGGAGAGGAAGUACAAAUGGAAAUAGCAGCGGUGGCGGCGAACCGUCCAAUGUCACCCAACGCAUGGGGGCGUUGCUCAGCCGACUGAACGGAGGGAUGAACUAUCCCACCAUUCUGCCGUCGUUCGUGUGCAGCUACAGCAGUAAGACGCCGCCCCCUCACUCCCAGCACUGUGGGCACAGUCCGGAGCAGCACCCACCCAACCACCCAGCAUCAGAACAUACAGAGACACUGAACAAGCUCUACCAGCUCAUGGGACAGCACAGUCGCCAGAGGCUGCUGUACCAGCUGGCAGGCGUGGUGCCCAGCCCUCUGCUCCUGGAGCUGCUCAGCUGCCCUCUGUGCGCACGCAGCCUGGAGACCUUGGAGCUGGAACUAGGAGACCUGGAGGGAGGCAGGGGAGAGGCUGACGGACUGCACGACUUCCCCCAGGGGGUGGAUCUGAGAGGCGGGAGAUGUCGGAGCAGACGCCGAGGGGUCGUGGACUACAAAAAUGGAGUGGUUCGGGCCUGGGUAGGCUUCAGAGAAAAACUGAAGAGGAUUGUGGAGAGUAAAUACUUCAACCGAGGGAUCAUGAUAGCUAUCCUCGUCAAUACUCUCAGCAUGGGGAUAGAGUACCACGAGCAGCCCGAGGAGUUGACAGAUGUGUUAGAGAUCAGUAACAUCGUUUUCACCAGCAUGUUCGUCCUGGAGAUGGGCUUCAUGCUGCUGGCUUUUGGCUUGUUUGGAUACAUCAAGAACCCAUACAACAUAUUCGACAGCAUCAUUGUGAUCAUCAGUGUGUGGGAGAUAAUCGGUCAGGCGGACGGUGGGUUGUCAGUCCUGCGAACAUUUCGUCUGCUGCGGGUUCUGAAGCUGGUUCGCUUCCUGCCCGCCCUGAGGAGACAGCUGGUGGUGCUGAUGAAGACCAUGGACAACGUGGCCACGUUCUGCAUGCUGCUGAUGCUUUUCAUCUUCACCUUCAGUAUACUGGGCAUGCAUCUCUUUGGCUGUAAGUUCAAUCAGGAGACAGAGAAUGGAGAAACCAUCUCAGACCGCAAGAACUUCGACUCUCUGCUGUGGGCCAUCGUCACUGUAUUCCAGAUUCUUACACAGGAGGACUGGAAUGUGGUGUUGUAUAACGGCAUGGCCUCCACCUCUCCAUGGGCCGCUCUCUACUUUGUUGCUCUCAUGACUUUCGGCAACUAUGUCCUCUUCAAUUUACUUGUGGCCAUCUUGGUUGAAGGCUUCCAGGCUGAGGGUGAUGCAAAUCGGUCGGAGUCAGAUGACGAGAAGAAAUCGGACAACUUUGAGGAGGACGAGAAGGUGGAACAGCUGAGAGACACCGAGCUAAAGAUGUACUCUCUAAUGAUGACAGCCAACGGUCACGUUGACCCUCGCGGCUCCAUGGCUCCUCCAAUAAUCAUGCGCACGGCGGCCACACCAAUGCCCACUCCCAAGAGCUCUCUGGGACCCGAGUCCAUCCUGGGAGAGGAGCUCAUGCACAGUGAGGAGGUGCCUCAGUACGGGGAGAUGGGACUGGGGUUUUCCGAGGCAGGAAGCGGUCAUGUAGAGUCCCGCCGUGGCAGCUCCACCUCCAUGGAUCCUUUGGCCUUCGACCAGCAUUCUCUGAACCUCUCAAGCCCCGGCCGGCGCUCCCCUCUUCCUCCCCGCUCUUGGGGAAGCCGGCGCUCCAGCUGGAACAGCCUGGGAAGAGCGCCGAGCCUCAAACGGCGAGACACCAGCGGAGAGAGGGAGAGCCUGCUGUCUGGGGAGGGAGGAGAGGAGGAAGAUGGUGGGGAGGAGAACAGGGCGGAGGCCGGGGCAAACAACAGACUCCGGCCGGAGACCUUGGAGCUGCUGCAGGCGUCCACUCUCUGCCCGUCCAUCAUAGCGGAGUACGGCGACUGUAACGGACGGACCCUGAACUAUGACCCCAACGUGAACUGCGACACCAAGGACGACUCCUCUCCUGAAGAUGACUUGGAUGAUGAUAGUUCUUUCUGGUGCUGGCUCAAAAAAGAGCUGCGUGAUAUGAAGCCCCGCUGGUGCAAAGAGCACGAAGACUGGACGCUGUACUUGUUCUCUCCAGAGAGCAAAGUCCGUGGCUGGUGCCAAAGUGUGAUCUCUCACCACUGGUUUGACCAUGUGGUUCUGGUUUUCAUCUUCCUCAACUGCAUCACCAUUGCUCUGGAAAGACCUGAAAUACAAACCAAGGAGCGCCUGUUUCUGACUAUUUCCAACAACGUUUUCACUGUGAUCUUCCUGGCAGAGAUGGCCAUUAAGGUUGUAGCUCUGGGUUUCUGCUUUGGGAAGCAGACUUACCUCCAGUCCAGCUGGAACGUUCUGGAUGGUUUGUUGGUGUUUGUGUCUCUGAUCGACAUUCUGGUGUCUCUGGCCUAUUCUGGCGGAAACAGGAUCCUGGGCAUCCUCCGAGUCCUACGCCUGCUGAGAACACUACGCCCACUGAGGGUAAUCAGCCGAGCCCCGGGACUGAAGCUGGUUGUGGAGACACUUAUCACCUCUCUUAGACCCAUCGGAAACAUUGUCCUCAUCUGUUGCGCCUUCUUUAUUGUCUUCGGCAUCUUGGGGGUGCAGCUGUUCAAAGGGAAGUUCUUUCACUGUGAAGGUCUGGACACGAAAAACAUCACCAACAAGUCUGACUGUGACGAUGCCGGCUACCGCUGGGUACGCAGAAAGUACAACUUCGACAACCUGGUUCAGGCUCUGAUGUCUUUGUUUGUGCUGUCCUGUAAGGAUGGCUGGGUCAACAUCAUGUAUGACGGGCUGGAUGCAGUGGGAGUCGACCAACAGCCUGUAAGGAACCACAACCCCUGGAUGCUGCUCUACUUCAUCUCCUUCCUCCUCAUCGUCAGCUUCUUCGUCCUCAACAUGUUUGUCGGCGUCGUGGUGGAGAACUUCCACAAGUGCCGGCAGGACCAGGAAGAGGAGGAGGCUCGCUUACGGGAAGAGAAGAGGCUCAAAAUGAUAGAGAAAAAGCGCAGGAGUAAGGAGAAUGGAGGGGCUGAGGCCAAGCAGAGGCCUUACUAUGCCGACUACUCUCCCCUGCGUCUGUCCAUCCACACACUGUGUACCAGCCACUACCUGGACCUCUUCAUCACCUUCAUCAUCUGCAUCAACGUCUUCACCAUGAGCAUCGAGCACUACGAUCAGCCCAAGUACUUAGAGGAGGUUCUGAAGUACUGCAACUACGUGUUCACCUGCAUCUUCAUCGUGGAGGCCCUGCUCAAACUGGCAGCGUUCGGGAUACAAAGGUUCUUCAAAGACAGGUGGAACCAGCUGGAUAUAGCGAUAGUUGCGCUGUCCAUCAUGGGCAUCACUCUGGAGGAGCUAAAAAUGAAUGCAGCUCUGCCCAUAAAUCCUACCAUCAUCAGGAUCAUGAGAGUACUCAGGAUAGCACGAGUGCUAAAACUUCUCAAGAUGGCCACAGGGAUGCGAUCUCUGCUGGAUACUGUCAUGCAAGCGCUGCCACAGGUGGGAAAUCUCGGUCUCCUCUUCAUGCUGCUCUUCUUCAUCUACGCUGCGCUGGGAGUGGAGCUCUUUGGCAAACUGGAGUGCACUGACGACAACCCAUGUGAGGGUCUGAGUCGUCACGCAACCUUUGAGAACUUCGGCAUGGCCUUCCUCACACUGUUUCGAGUGUCCACCGGAGACAACUGGAAUGGGAUUAUGAAAGACACGUUAAGGGAGUGUCCCAAAGAUCCAACAGACAAACAGCAGACAAGCUGCCUCCCCUACCUGCCUUAUAUCUCUCCCAUUUACUUUGUCACUUUUGUGCUCAUGGCCCAGUUUGUGCUGGUCAAUGUGGUGGUGGCUGUUCUGAUGAAACAUCUGGAGGAAAGCAACAAGGAGGCUAAAGAAGAUGCAGAGAUGGAUGCAGAGAUCGCCUUGGAGAUGGCGAUGGAGAGGCAACGCAAAUUAAGCACAAACUCCAACAACAGUUCGACAGCAGGAACCUACGUUGGGCCAUGUCCACAUUCACCUGGACAGGAGGAGGAGGUGCAGUACGGUGACGACGAUCUGCUGUCGUCAAAGAAGAUGUCUGUAUCCAGGAUGCACUCUCUGCCUAACGACAGCUACAUGUUCCGACCUGUUCGGCCCGCCAGCGCCCCCUACCCUCUGGAGGAGGUAGAGCUCAGUCCCCAGCACCAGCAUUCAGGCUCAGUGACGUCGGUCCACUCCCAGCCAUGUGAGAGUCGCACGCUGCUGCAGGUACCGGACGUUUCCCCCGUUCACCCUCGGUCGACUCCCACCCUCACCCUGCCCCGCAUCGCCCCGCCCACGCCCAACCCCUCCCCACAGGCCCUGCGCAGACAGGUGGCAGUUAAAGUGGAUUCUGUUGAGUCUCAUGGUUGUGAGCAACAGGAGAGGCCCAACCCCGUCCAUCUGCCUCCCCUCUCCCCUCACACCUCCCCAUCUCCUCUCCCUCCUCCUCCUCCCUCCUCCCCCUCAGCUCUCUCCCUCCCACCCUGCUCCCCUUCCCCCUCGCUUCUCCUCCCUCCCCCUCCCUCCCCGCGUCUCCCCCUACGGCCCCCGAGCCUACGGAGACCUCGACCGCCCUCCGCCGUCUCCCUCUGCGACCCGGCGGACGAGGAGGUGUACCACAUCACCAGCUCGGCCCGCCACAGGUGGCGAGACCAGGAGGGAGGAGAGCAGGAGACUAGAGGGAAGGCCGGCCGCAGCCACUCCCUCUCUCCCUACGGCGCUCUCAACUCCUCCUCCACCUCCUCCUCUCCUGCUCCCCCGCUGCCACCUUCCUCCUCGAGGAGCGCGCUCAGUCUGCUCGGCGCAGGAUUGACAGACUUUAGGAAGGGUUUGAGCAUCGACAACCCCGCCUUCCUGGAGAAGCCGUCGUCACUGUCUGCUGGUUACCCGGACGACCAUCGGCGCCACUCUAUUGAGGUCUGCCUCCCUCAGGCCGUCAUCGCCGGCCACGACCAACACUUCACACGAGAGGCCCACCGCGCGGAAAAAGUCGGUCAGGGGUUUCCUGUGAGGGUGCAGUCGGUCGGGGGCGGCCACAGGAAGAAGAAGAUGAGUCCUCCUUGUAUAUCCAUCCACCCGCCCUCGGAGAGGGAACACCCCCACAUCGCCUCGCCGCCAAAACUGGCUGACUGCAGCAUGAUGCUGAGACGCAGGACGCCGUCCUACGACUUGACCCCGCACACACAGUCAGACGCAGAUUCACAGAUUCGCACACAGAUGCACUCCCCGAUGCACGCGCAGCUCACACCCAUCCACGUCCCGAUGCAAGCACACUCACCGACACACACACUGACACCCACUCCGACACACACCCCGCCGCACGCAUCCACACCCACGCUGCCGCACAUCCCCAUCAGCCCCAACAUCUUCAUCCAGCCUCACGCACCUCUCGUCCCGAUGCCUUUCUCACAGACGCGAUCCCUCUCCCCCGCCGCGAGGCGCUCGCCUCUCACGGGGGACUACAUCCCCCUCCCCCAGUUCACCUUCGACCAACCACAGUCCAGAUACCUGUCAGCCGGCCUAUCAGACAGCGAUACGGCCACCUGCUCUUCCCCUUUCGACAACAGACUGGGAAGCGGUGCAGGAUUCAGUGCAAAGAAUCGGAGGACCGCCCAAUGAACAGCGGGCUUUGCCUUCAGGAAGUGAUUUCAUUGGUCCUAAAUCUCUAAGGUUGGAGUAGAGGGGCCUCGGCUGACCUCAGCAGAGAUUGGUGCUGGGGAGAAAGUGAAAGUCUACUGGGAGAGGGAAUUUUUUUUGUUUUUUUGUUUGGAUGGAUACUGAAAAGACUUAUUCUUUCCAGAGAGACGCUGGUACAGUCCCGUCAAAGAAUAAAAAGACAGUGGAUCCAUUUUCCCGAACCCAGCUUGAAGGACAGCAGAUCCACGAGGUUGUACCAGUCAAACAGUACCCACUGUACAUGGUGUGUUUGGGGACUAAUACUAAAAACACACCAGGACUAAAGCCACCUAACUCCGUAGCCAAAGUUUUUUUGUCCCCACCCACGCGAGCCAAUCAGGAAGCAGCGUCUGGCUGACGACCUCUGACCUUUUUACAGGAAGUGGUUUGCGAAAUGCGAGCGUUGGGGGGGAAUUGUGGGAUAUGCAACUUCAGGUUUUCUACAGAAGUUCUGCUUGCCCCUCCUCUGCUCCUCGAUCACAUUGAUCAGAGCAGAAGCGUGUGUGUGAGUGAGCGUGUCUGCGUUUUCCUACGUGCGAGUAUUGUCAAAUCUGUCGUCAUGGAAGUCGGCCAUGUUAUUCUUACGCCUGCAACGACAGAGAGGGGAAGCAGGGCAGAGCUGUAGUGUUUGUUUAUUUGUGUAUCUGUGCAGUGUAAAUAAAGGAAAAUACUGUAUUUGGUGAGAUUUAAAAAUAGCUCUAUCCAUAUGCACAUAUUUUUAUAGAGAUCUAAAAAUGUUUUUUGCACACAAAUUUGAAUUUCAAGUUGCUUGUUUUUCCUCUGUUGUCCUCUUGUGAAUGUAUGUUUCUUUUCAAACCGGAGAGAGCAGCGAGGGAGACCGACCCUCCUCUCUACAGGCUAGCUGAGGUCGAGGAUUGGGAUUUUAUUUUUCUAUUUUGAAAAAGAGAACGAAGAGAACAGGGGUGUGAUGUGUUUCUGUAGCUUUGUCUCAGAUUUCUAUGUAUUUUGUGUCUAAAUAACAGUCUUAAGAAGCGGGCUCAGUGAUGCAAGCUAAAUUCAAUUGAAUAUGUUUUACCAACUUGCAGUUAAAAAACUUCAAUUUAGAGCUGAAAUUAUUAGUUGACAUAUCAGUUAGUCAUUUUACUGAAAGAAAAAUCAACUAUUUUGAUAAUUGAUUAAUUGUUAAAGCAUUUUUAAUGCACAAAUGGCAGAAGAUGCUGUUUUCAGCCUCUCAAAUAUGGAGAUUUUCUGCUUUUGUCUGUUUUAUAUCACAAUAAACUGAAUGUCUGUGCAUUUGGACCGACAAAACAAGACAUGUUAAGACAUCACCCUUGACUUUGAGUAAUUGGGACUAACAAUUUUCACUAUUUUCUGACAUUUUAUAGACCAAACAAUUAAUCAAGAAUCAGCACAUAAUAGAAAUAACCAUUGGUUGCAGCCAUAUUUCAAUUAGAUUUUUUUGUCCAGAUAAAUUCUAAAAUAACUUCUUGCAGGCAGCUAAAUCUCUGUGAGCUGCUGACUAAGGAAAAAUAUUUAAAAACAUAUAUCACCAUCAUUAAAAAAAAGUCAUCUCUGAGCCCCCCUUCUGCAGCUGUUUUCAAGCUGGAUCAGCUGUGACACCACUUAGUGUUUCUGUACAUCUAAAGACAACCAAACUAACUAACUUACUAAAUAUGUGUAGCCAGAGUGCAAUAAUAAUAUAUACUUGUGGAAAAUAUAGUAACAUCCACACAUAAAACAACCACACUCUUUGUGUUCGUACAUACUGUAGAACUACUAUAUAUGAUAUAAACCCAUUUUUAUAUGAUGAUCGAGAGUAUUUCUAUCUCUAGUGUUCAUGCUACUGUAGGUACUUGCCCCCUGCGUGUGGCACGGGUGCGGCUGGAAGCAGUGUUAGGUACUGUAGAUUUCUCUAAAAGCUCCGGCCCGCUCGCUGAUUGUGUAAACAGAAGAGUGACAUGCAUCUCUGCUGAGGAUUGAAUAACUCAUUUAUCACCCCUUGAUUUUUAUUUCCACUCCAAUCUCACCACAUAAGGUUUGAUUUGUUACCUACAUAUCAGUUAUGUUGAGUCAACCUGUGUGAAUGGCAAACAGCAUUUUCCUUCCGGUGACUGGGUGUUUUCUUACCAAGCCAUACAUUUAUUCGACACAGCACAAUAUGUAUUUUAUUCUUUUUUUGUGCACAGGUACACAUGAAGCAUGCUUGUUAGCUACUUAGGAUUCCUCUUAUAAAGGCAGCUGGCUGGGUCAGCGUCUUUAUUUCUUCUGAUCAGCAUGUAACAUGCACAACUAUUCAGUUUUCUGAGUGAAAACCAAAGUGCUUUGAUGCUGCACCAUAAUCACCGCAGGCCCAGUGUUUCAUAUGCUACAAAUGUAUCCACCUUAUAUAAGUACUGUCGGACAAAAUGAAAAGUGUUGAUAUUAACUUGAUGAUAGAUGGUCUCUGAAGGUUGGUAAAAACUCUGAAAUAGUAUAGCAACCAGUACAUUUUAUUCAUGUCAUAUAUUUUUAUUCA